AUGGAAUGGAGAUACGUUCCAUCUGACACGUAUCCAGCUGAUAUAGUCACCAGAGAGUUAGGCCCGACAGCUCUAAAACAAAGUAGGCUAUGGUGGGGGGUGGGGGGGAAUCAGUGGCCAAAUAAACUGCUGAAACCAGAACCUAUUGGUAUGUCACAGAAGGACAUAAAAGUGUCAGUAUUAAGCUCCACCUCAGACUCUGAAGGUAACCUGACCGUAGUAGACGUCAGGAAUUUCAGCAUUUGGAAACGAUUAUUAGCAACUAUGACAACCGUAGUAAUUUUUAUUCAUCUAACAACAAAGGGAAGAGUUUUCAAAGCAUCUUCAAUUAGUAUCGACCGAGUAGAGGCUAAACAUGUCACAGAACGGAUUUUUCUGAAACAAGUGCAACGAGGAAUAAUACCUCAAGAAGUAAAAACCUGGAACCUACAAUUGGAUAAGAACCAGAUUUAUAGGGUUCUAGGACGCAUCAGUGAGAAAGUGGAUAAAAUUGGUACGCUCAUUUUUUUAUCUCGUUCUGGGCAUGUUACCACCUUAAUGAUUCUUGACGCGGGGGUAUCGCAUACAUUGACGAAAUUGCGAGAAAAGUUUUAG